UUGUCCUGCUCCGUCCAGUCCGCCAUGGCGCUCGCUCCGCUGCUGAAGGAGGGCGCGUCGUAGCGGCUGCUCUCGUUUCUCCCGUGACUAGUCCCGAGCGUGUGUUCUUUCUGACAUCCCGGUUUGAGCUGAAUGACCCUGAUCUCUGAACCGGCCAUGACCGUGGAGCAGAAUGUCCUGCAGCAGCACUCCCAGAAGCACCAGCAGACGCUACUAAACCAGUUGAGAGAGAUCACAGGCACAACAGACAUCCAGCUGCUUCAGCAGGCCCUGCAGGUGAGCAAUGGAGACUUGGCUGAGGCUGUCGCCUUUCUGACGGAGAAAAACGCUAAGGUUCCACAGCAAGAUGAGACCACCUACUACCAGACAUCCCAGGUGGCCAGCGACAGAUACAUCAGUGUUGGCAGCCAGGCAGAUACAAACGUAAUUGAUCUGACUGGAGACGAUAAAGAUGACCUGCAAAGGGCUAUUGCCCUCAGCCUGGAGGAGUCCAGCAGGGCUUUCAGGGAGACGGGCAUCACUGAUGAGGAACAGGCCAUUAGCAGGGUUUUGGAGGCCAGUAUAGCAGAGAACAAGGCAAGUCUAAAGCGGACCCACACUGAAGUAUGGAGCGAUUCCCCCAACCCACAUGACCGAAAGAGGGUAGAUAACUGCCCAGUGGGUCUGAAAAAUGUCGGCAACACCUGCUGGUUUAGUGCUGUCAUACAGUCUCUUUUCAACUUGCUGGAGUUCCAGAGACUGGUCCUUCACUACUCACCACCAGCCAGAGAACUGCCUCGCAACCAAAAGGAGCACAGGUACCUGCCCUUCAUGCAGGAGCUGAGGAACCUGUUUUCGCUCAUGGUGGGCUCCAAGAGGAAGUACGUGGAUCCGUCUCGGGCUGUGGACAUUCUCAAAGACGCCUUCAAAUCCAAUGAGUCACAGCAGCAGGACGUAAGCGAGUUCACCCACAAGCUGUUGGACUGGCUGGAGGAUGCUUUCCAGAUGAAAGCUGAAGAAGACAGGGAGGAAGAGAGGCCAAAGAACCCCAUGGUGGAACUUUUCUACGGCCGCUUCCUUGCUGUUGGCGUAUUGGAAGGGAAAAAAUUUGAAAACACGGAGAUGUUUGGGCAGUACCCCCUGCAGGUGAACGGCUUCAAGGACCUCCACGAAUGUCUCGAAGCAGCGAUGAUUGAGGGAGAGAUUGAGUCCCUGCACUCGGCAGAGAAUUCUGCCAGAUCCGGUCAAGAGCACUGGUUCACAGAGCUCCCUCCUGUGUUGACCUUUGAACUGUCAAGAUUUGAGUUCAAUCAAGCCCUCGGACGUCCCGAGAAGAUCCACAACAAGCUAGAGUUCCCGUCUAUGCUCUACAUGGACAGGUACAUGGACAGAAACCGGGAAAUAACCAGGAUCAAGAGGGAGGAGAUCAGAAGGCUGAAGGAGCAUCUGACUUUGCUCCAGCAGCGACUGGAGAGGUAUCUGAGUUAUGGCUCGGGCCCCAAGAGGUUUCCCCUGGCCGAUGUCCUCCAGUAUGCCAUGGAGUUUGCCUCCAGUAAGCCUGUGUGCACCUCCCCAGUAGAAGACAUCGACACAUCAGCGCCCCCCGGUGGCACAACAGGACAGCAGUUGCCCCAACCAAGCACAGCUGAGCAGGACUCCUUGCCUCCCCUGGAGAGCCCAGCCCCGGCUUCAGGUCCAACCGCAGCCCCCACUGCAGCGCAGCAGCAGAGAGUUCCUAUUCAUAAGCCUUUCACCCAGUCCCGGCUACCCCCCGAUCUCCCCAUGCACCCCGCCCCUCGCCACAUCACUGAAGAAGAGCUGAGGGUGCUCGAGGGUUGCUUGCAUCGCUGGAGGAGCGAGGUGGAAAAUGACACCCGUGAUCUUCAGGGCAGUAUAACUAGAAUUCACAGAACCAUUGAGCUGAUGUACUCAGACAAAUCUAUGAUGCAGGUUCCAUACCGGCUUCAUGCAGUCCUGGUCCACGAAGGCCAGGCCAAUGCCGGCCACUACUGGGCUUAUAUUUACGACCCCCACGAGCGCUGCUGGAUGAAGUACAACGACAUCUCAGUCACCAAGUCAUCGUGGGAGGAGCUGGUCAGGGACUCGUUCGGAGGCUACCGCAACGCCAGCGCCUACUGUCUCAUGUACAUCAACGAUAAGAAACCUUUUCUCAUAGAAGAAGAAUUUGACAAAGAAACGGGCCAGGUACUCAGCGGCAUGGACAAACUGCCUUCGGACCUGAAGCAGUAUGUGAAAGAGGACAAUGAGCAGUUUGGCAAGGAGAUCCAGGAGUGGGAUAUCCUGCAGGCCCGUAAAGCUCAGCAGGAGAAGCUCGCCCUCGUGACUGCGGCGGCUGCUGCUGCCGCCACGGCAGCGUCCAGCACUUCCACUUCUUCUUCUUCCCCUCAACCCAUGAGUAUUGAGUCCAGCCCUCCAGACAACGCAGCACCCCAGCAGGAUCCAGAGUACAUGGAGCAGCCGUCGCCCACAAAUGACUCCAAACACCUGCAGGAGGACACAGAGAGGGCCAUUUCCAGGGCUGCUGCUGAACAGGAGGAGAGGAGCCCCGAAGCCUUAUUGAACGCUUCACUUCCCCCUCCCUCCUCCCUUCGGCCAGAGGUCCAGACGAGCACUCCCCCAGUCUCUCCUUCUGACCAGGUUACAGAGGAUGAGUCUCUUGGCCAGCGCACAGUAGAGGUGGCCAUUCCCAAUGUGGGGACCUUUGUCAUUGAGUCAGAGGAGGGGGGGUAUGAUGACGAGACAAUGAUGACCCCCAACAUGCAGGGUAUAAUUAUGGCCAUUGGCAAAUCCAGCAGCAUAUAUGAAAAGAAUGGUCCUGAGGCAGCCUUUUUUAAGGCCAUCAAGCUGGAGUACGCCCGACUCCUGAGAUACGCCCAGGAGGACACGUCACCGGAGAACGACUACCGACUUCAGCACAUCAUUGUCUAUUUUAUCCAAAACCAGGCACCCAAGAAGAUCUUGGAGAGGACUCUGCUCACGCAGUUUGCUGACAGAAACCUGGCAUUUGAUGAGCGAUGUAAGAGUAUUAUGAAUGUGGCGCGUGCUAAACUGGACUUAAUUAAGCCCGACGAGGUCAACAUGGAUGAGUAUGAGAUGUGGCACCAAGACUACAGGAAUUUCCGUGAGACGACCGUCUUCAUGGUGACUGGGUUGGAGCUCUUUCAGAAAUCAAAUUAUGUGGAGGCCCUGAUGUAUCUCAUUUACUCAUACCAGUACAACAAGGAGCUUUUGUCUAAAGGACUAUACCGAGGGCACGACGACGACUCCCUCGGCUAUUACCGUCGGGAGUGUUUAUUGAAACUAAAUGAGCAGGCAGCCACCAUGUUUGAGUCCGGUGAAGAGCCAGAGGUGACCACAGGCCUCAGCAUCAUGAACGAGCUGGUGGUUCCCUGCAUUCCUCUGCUGCUGGUCCACGACGCUGAGAAAGACCUGCUGGCCGUGGAGGACAUGAGGAACCGCUGGUGCUCCUACCUGGGCCAAGAGAUGGAGUCGAACCUCCAGGAAAAGCUGACGGACUUCCUCCCCAAGUUACUAGACUGCUCAACGGAGAUCAAAAGUUUUCACGACCCCCCCAAGCUGUCCUGCUACUCCACUCUGGAGCUGUGCGAGCGAUUCCGACGCAUCAUGGCAGCCGUUGGCCGGGUGCCCACCGAGGGAAGAUGAGCUCGGACGAGGCCGCCCCUCCGGUAUCUCCGGCCCCAGACUGGGCAGUAAUCCAUGGACCUCUUUACCCAUGCCUUCCUUAUCAAUCCAGGGGUCGCUUGCUUCUAGCUCUUACUCCUCUGUUACUCCUUUGCUGCUAUAGGUUUUAUCAUCAUAAAUAUUAUUUCAGUUAUAUUUUCAGCAAAACAUAAUAGAGGAAGGAGGAUGACGACAUGGACUGUUGGGAAGGAAAAUGUAAUGUGAGGAAAGUUGGUGGAUAAACGGUGGCAAUCCUUCAGUGAGUUGACGGCAAACAUAUUCAGCUUCAGUGUUGCAACAAAAAGAGUUUGAGGGUUUUUCAUAGUCAAUUUUUAUUGUUGCUGUUUGAUUCAAGCUUCUCCAGCCACGCUCAUAGCUCCUAAAGCCCCCCUGUGUGCGUGGAAAGGAACACCCUGCUUCUUUGCCUCCGGUUUGGAACAGUAUUACCAUGUCUUGUUUUACUUUUCUAAGGAAGUAAGGAAGAGAGAUUUAUCAGCCGCUCAGAGGAUCUCAGAUGGGACUCAUGUCUCUGUGGACUGUCCCAGAAUGAGAUGUUUAAGUGCUGUGGUAUAUAGCCAUGGACUUCCUGUGGCUUGUUAAUAAAUCGAGAGAAUAAAAUUUUAUUUAUGGCCCUUUUUGGCCAAGUAAACAGUUGUUUUGCCUCUUUCUUUUGCACAACAGUAACUAUUUGAUAAUCAACAUUGCACAAAUUGUGAUUAGCCCUUGGCAGGCGAGCAGAGAGUCGGUGAUGAUGCA